UGCGCGGCGCGUGCGCAGUGUCCCGGCGGCGAACGGAAGAUGGCGACGGCGGCGUCUGUGAAGAGGCGCUGCUGAGGGGGCGCGAGGGGGACGGAGGCCGGCGCCGCGGAAGUACCGGACAGCAGCCAUGGCAGGCAGCAGUGGGGAUAGUGUCACUCGGCGGAGCGUGGCGUCACAGUUCUUCACACAAGAGGAGGGCCCGGGCAUCGAUGGCAUGACCACCUCAGAGAGAGUGGUGGAUCUCCUGAACCAGGCAGCACUGAUCACCAAUGAUUCAAAGAUCACAGUACUCAAGCAGGUCCAGGAAUUGAUCAUCAACAAAGAUCCUACACUACUAGACAACUUCCUGGACGAGAUCAUCGCUUUCCAAGCGGACAAGUCGAUCGAAGUGCGCAAAUUUGUCAUUGGCUUCAUCGAGGAGGCAUGCAAGCGAGACAUUGAGUUACUGCUAAAACUGAUCGCAAACCUCAACAUGCUCUUGAGGGAUGAGAAUGUGAAUGUGGUGAAAAAGGCCAUCCUCACUAUGACCCAGCUCUACAAGGUGGCCCUGCAGUGGAUGGUAAAGUCACGAGUCAUCAGUGAGCUCCAGGAGGCCUGCUGGGACAUGGUGUCUGCCAUGGCUGCGGACAUCAUUCUGCUGCUGGAUUCUGACAAUGACGGCAUCCGCACCCACGCCAUCAAGUUUGUGGAGGGCCUCAUCGUCACCUUGUCGCCCCGCAUGGCUGACUCGGAGGUGCCCCGACGCCAGGAGCAUGACAUCAGCCUAGACCGCAUCCCUCGUGACCACCCCUAUAUCCAGUACAAUGUGCUGUGGGAAGAAGGCAAGGCAGCCUUGGAGCAGCUACUCAAGUUCAUGGUGCAUCCCGCCAUCUCCUCCAUCAACCUGACCACGGCGCUGGGCUCCCUUGCCAACAUCGCCCGCCAGAGACCCAUGUUCAUGUCAGAGGUGAUCCAGGCCUAUGAAACCCUGCAUGCCAACCUGCCCCCGACGCUGGCCAAAUCUCAGGUGAGCAGUGUGCGCAAGAACCUCAAGCUGCACCUGCUGAGUGUCCUGAAGCACCCAGCCUCCUUGGAGUUUCAGGCCCAGAUCACCACGCUGCUGGUGGACCUGGGCACACCCCAGGCCGAGAUCGCCCGCAAUAUGCCCAGUGGCAAGGAUGCCCGCAAGCGGCCCCGAGAUGACUCGGAUUCCACGCUCAAGAAGAUGAAGCUAGAGCCCAACCUGGGGGAAGAUGAUGAGGACAAGGACUUGGAACCAGGCCCGUCGGGAACCUCCAAGGCCUCAGCCCAGAUCUCAGGCCAGUCAGACACAGACAUCACAGCCGAGUUCCUGCAGCCCUUGCUGACACCUGACAAUGUGGCCAAUCUGGCCCUCGGCGCUCUGUGUUCUUGGCACGCCAGCCUCCCAGUUCCCGACCCACAAACCUGGGAGUUAAGCUCUUCGCCUCCCGCCAGACCUUCCCGUCUUCUCCAUCUCCCCUGGCCCCUACCUGGCCCAGGCUCCACCUGCCUGCGCCCUGGCUCUGGCUUCCACUCCCCCUGCCGCAGCCAGAAGUACAGAUUGUGAAGCUCCCCUGCUCCAGCCCUGCCAGGGCUCUCUGUUUCCUUCCAGAUCAAAUUUGAAUGCAGCCCACCUUAAGCCCUGUCUGGUGAUGCUUCUGUUAACUCGUGGUACCUGGUCUGUCCUCUUCACGCUCUUUUCGAAUUAUUGGCCUAAAGUUCUUCACAGGAUUCUUUUUUAUUUUUAUAAUACCUGCUGUCUGUGUAGUAAUGUGCAGCUUUUUUGUCCCGAGUAUUGGGUUCUUAACUCCUUUUUUUGUUGUUCAGUCUCACCAUCAAUUUGUUUGUUUUCAGUCAUUUGAAAGAACCGGCUCUGAAGUUUCACUGAUACUCUUUUGUAACCUUUUCUGUUUUAUUUCUGUUGUCCUUAUUCUUCCCUGCUGCUUUUGAAUAUUUUAUCCCAGCGUUUUAAGUUGAUUUGCUUGGCUCAAGAGUUUUCAACCAUCUUUUCCAAUGUAAGCAUUUAAGGAUCUGAUUUUCCGUGAAAGAACCAUUUAGCUGCAUCCCACACAUUUUGAUUUGUAGUGAUUUCAUUCUCUCUCUGUUCUAAUUAUUUUCUUAUUUCAGGUAUAUAUUUAAACCUCUAAGCGUGUAGGGCGUUGGAAAUGACCUUUUGUUACCAAUUCCUGACAAUUCCUGGAUGAGCUCUUGUUAGGAUACCGAUUUUUUUUUUUUUAAAGUCCUUUUCUGGUUCAUAGGACACUCUUCACUGAACUUGCAGUCUCUGGGCAGGGUUCUGCUGCUGCUCAGCCUUCCCCCAUGCUGCUGCUCUGCCUGGAAUCUGUACCCUGCUCCCACUGCAAAGCAUCCCCCUGGGCCAGCCUGAAACUGGCCUUCCUCUCAGUUCUAAGCCUAGCUGCCACUUCCCCCGGGAGCCAAAGCCGCUCCUGACGUUUCUCAUGGCCCCCUUUAUUUCCCGCUCUCGUGUACCACAAUGCACCAUUGCCUGUUCUCUCUCUGACUUCCCCAGGAGUCUGAGCCCCACAGGAGCAGGCCCAGGACUGUCUUAGUCACUUCCAUGUCCCCAGCCUUGGCCCGGCAUGGAAGAGAGCCUUGUUGAGUCAGUGAGUAAGGAAGGGCUCCUCUCCCCGGGCAUC